AUGCCACACUUCAGAAUCGAAACUAAUCUUUCAAGUGAUAAAAUUCCAGAAGAUUUCGUUCUGAAAGCGGUACCGGUAUUGGCGAAAGCACUUGGGAAACCAGAACAGUACUGUGUGGUAUCAGUCAUUCCUAAUGUGGCUAUGAGUUUUGGUGGUACUUCAGACCCUUGUGCUAUUGCAAACUUGAUGUCUAUCGGAGCACUAGGAGUGGAGCAAAACAAGAAACACGCCAAGGUUCUUUUUGAGCUUGUGGAAAAGGAGCUGGGGAUUAAGAAUGAUAAGAUGUACAUUACAUUUGAAGAUAAUCCAACGGGUAACGUCGGUUUCAAGGGCACCACCUUCCAUGCUAUUUUUGGAUAA